CCCGGGGCGGAGCGCGGCCGCGGGACCCUGCCCGCCCGGCUGGCCCAGGGACCACUGUGGGUCAGAGGUCGGGCGUUAGUCCUGGGCAUCCGGCCAGAUCUCUAACGGGCCUUCCGUGUCCGGCUGGGAACGUGGCUCACAGCCCCUUCCGCGUCCCCGGGCCCAUCGCCAGAGCCCAGCCUGGGUGCCCUGCGAUGGGCACCAACCCGCCAGCAGGUCUGCGCCCGCGGGGCCUCGGUCAACCCGGAAUCCAGCGGGCGCUUGGCUAGGGUCUGUCCAGGGAACCUUUGGAUUGCUGGAGCCUGCGAGGUCUCUUCCGCCCCUCGCGGCGGCCUGCUCUUUUGGGGGUGCAUGCUGUUCAGGAAGCUGACUGCCUUUGUGUCGGUGUGGGAGGGAAUCUAGAGACUUGGUGGACAACUACAGAGAAUCGCAGGAAGUUGCCCCUGGAAGAGGAAAUGCCUGUUCAGUUAUUCUUAUUCAUAUAUAUAUAUAUAUAUAUAUAUAUAUGUGGUUGCUAUUAUUAUUUAAACAGAGCCUUUCCGUAUUGUCUAGACUGGCCUCAAACUCCUGGCUCCCAAAUAGCUAACAGUAUGGGCACCCACCACCAUACCCUCCCAGCAUAUUUUCUGCUAAGCACCUACUGUAUGCUGCCUGCUGGACAUACAGUAGUGAGACAGGAUCUAGGCCCUUGUGGCACUUACAGAUAAUGUGGUAAUAACUGCAUGAGAAAAGUGAAUUACAUUUAUGAUGUGUGCUCCUAAGGAAAAUUACAGAGAAUGAAUACCUAAAGGACUAGACAUCAUUUGUGCCUUUACUGUAAGUCAGACAGUGACAAAGCUGAAGAGACAAAGACGUACACUACAUGGCAUGGCUUCCAAAGGGCUGUCAGGGCACUCGCUUGCCUCAUCUUUCUCACGCGGUUGAUACAUGUUAGAAUGGCAGCCCACAGCAAUCUAGGGGCUGACUGACCCUUCCUACAGCAAUCUCUGAUCUAGGGAUCCAUAUCUGGACCCCACUAUAAAGGGAGUUGCCAAGUCUAGCCCACAGACUUGCUCAGAGUGACAGAAGCCAGAAAUGGAGAGUCGUAGCCCCACGCGGCCAAGCCUUUGCUAUUACCCUUGGUUAGCUGGAUAUCAUGAGCACAGUCAUCAGCAAGACUGAUCUUAGUGACCUUCACGUAGAACUUCUUUCCAUGAAGUGAUCUUUGAGGCAGGAAACCCAGGAUGACUGGAAUGAAAGUUAAAAUCACCAGGCAUGGUGUCUAAUGCCUGUAACUCCAGCACUUAGGGAAGCCGAAGCAGAAGGAUUAUAUAUUUGAGUCCUGCCUGGGCAACUUAGUGAGAGCCUGUCUCACUGAAAAAGUCAAAUUAAAGGGCAGGAAAGGCUGGGGAUGUAUGUAGCCCAGUGCUAAGAGCCGUGGAUUCAAUCCCCAGUACUGCGAAAAAUAAAUUUAAAAAGUUAAUAUUUCAUCCUCUCCACGUUUAGGUAGUAUAUUCCUUCAGGAGAAGCAGAUGAUUAUCAGCUUGUCUUUGUAAAGGUUACACUCACAUCUGGUCCCCAGGACCUCUGCAGGGCUGGGCAACACCAUAGUGCUCUAAAGGCUGAAUGCAUGAAGGCCAGCCAACUGGGGACCAACUCUGCUGCUCAUAGGAACCUCCCUAAGAACUAGAAUGCAAGGGGGAGGGGGUGUUCCUUUAACAGAACACUCCAUGUUUCUCAGCUCCCCGCCAGUUUAGUCCUGCCGCUGCCACCUCGCCUCCAUCCUUUCAUGACCACCCCCUUCAGAGGCCCCUAACCCAGAUGUGACCCCAGUAGUGACCGCCUUCUGCUGGGUUGCAGCUCUUCAAGGACUGGCAGCCUGUGAGGGAAAAGGGAGAAAGCCCAGAAGUACCAAACUACAACUCCCAGAGUACUUCUGGUCCUGAGGGGCGGGACUUCCUGGUUCAGCCCCUCCUCGGCUGGCUCCCCUUUAUUCUUGUAACCUCCUGCCCAGGUGAGAAGCUGCCAGACAGCACACACCAAAAGACCGUUCCUGACCCAAAGAGGUGUCAGGCUCUGCAUUUGUUCCAGAAUGAACACCCUCACCACUACUUCCAGCCUUGGCUUUCUGUUCCUGAGGUUACAGGACAGCGCCAACCAGGGACUUUCCAAGAACCAUCCCUGCAAUCUUCUGCCUCCUCCUCCAGGAAGCCCAUCCUGAUCAGGUAAGGUGUGCCCAGCCUGCCUGGCCGCUCUGAACAGCAGCAUUUCUGCAGUGAUGCAGACGACACCUACACUGUCCAGCACUGGCCCAGAUGACCAUUGAACACUCAAGAUGUGACCAGGAAGCUGAGGGACUAAAUUUCACAUUGUAUUCACUUUAAUUGAUUUAAAUAUAAAUAAUCCCUUGUGGCCAUGGCUACUGGAUUGGACACUGUAGAUCUGGACCCCAGAAGCUUGACAUUCUGGGGGUGGAUUUUUAUCCACUAUGCCUGCUUGUUACUUACCUGCUUCUUGAAAGUGAGAACCAGUGUGUUCUUUGAAAGCUUUCCCCUCAACACCAGACCUUUAUCCAGGCCAAGCCCUAGCCAUCUGGAUAGCUAUCAUCUGGAUAAUGACUACAUGUCCCUUGGGCCUUAUCUUUAACACUGCUUCCUCUCAGAAGCCCUCCCUAACUACCAGCCCGCCACAGGGGAGGAGAUGCGUAAGUCCUGCUAUGCAGGAAUCACACUGUAGGACAGUUGCCUAUUUCCUCUCUAACCUACCAGAUUGAGUCCCCUGAGAGCAGAGGCUAGCAUAGCACGCAGCAGAGCUCACAUUCAGCAAAUAUUUAUGGAAUUCAGUGCUGAGUAAAUGUUUUCCCAUGAUCUGAUCUAGUGCCUGGCUGAUCAUAAUGAUACUAAUGAAACUGUCAUUUAGCAAGCCAAGUACUUUGCUUGCUGUCUUAUUAAACGCCACAAUACUCCUAUGAGAAAUGACCUGUUAUUUUCUCCUUUUUUACAGAUGAAGAAUCUAAAGCUCAGAGAGGUGAGGUAAAUUGCUCAAGGUCACACAGCAAAUAGCUCAGUCUGGCAGCUCUAGAAAACAGAGCCAGAGACAAAUCUUAUGUGGUCAUUAAUGCUUUACUGGAAAUAUAAUCUCAGCUCAGUAAGGGGCUUAAAGGAAAAGGGACUUGGAAGCAGAGAAGAGAGAGAGCAAAUGCCCUACAGGACUAGCCAGAGUCUCAAGACAAUCCAGCUAGGGUUUCCUUCACUCACUCAAGGUGUCUCUGGAGAAGCCACAUGAAGUGACCACUGCAGGGACAAGGGCAAGGAUGUCCUUCUGGCACCUCCUGCCUCCUGUCUGCACUUGUCAUAGUCAGACCCAGCUGUUCCUUGCAUCUGGAUUGUAGCACUGUGUCACAGGCAGCCACAGAGAAGCUCUUCCUACUCAGAGAGGGCAAAGAAGGACCCAGAGCCGCCUCACUCAAAGACCCAGGCCAGGUCAGCUGGGGCAGCAGUUACAGGUGUUGGAAGCCAUAGGCAUGACACAGGCAUGUCCCUGCAUGGGAAGGGGUGGAUGCUGGACAGGGGCCAACACUGCUGAUGGCCUGGAAGGACUGAAGAUGACAUGGGUCCAAAACCUCAGCACUGAGAACCAGGUUCCUCCAAAGCCUUUCAACAAAUGGUGAUUGAAAGAAAUUAAUUAAUUAAGCUGGGUGUGGUGGUGCCAUAGAAUUGUGCUCACAACAAUGGGGUGAUACUCUUAUUCUUAUGCAACAGAGAUCUGUCCCUCCUCUGCAAACAGCACCUCAGUUUUGUUCCUUCACCUUCAGUUAAAGGAGUACUAGGUGCAUGGACAUCCUGACAACCCCCAAACUCAACCCCAGGACACAGGAAGUAGACCUGGCCAAUCAGGGCAGCCUGUCACCUUGGCCACAGUGAUUGGCUGACAGGUGGAUAUGUGACCCAAGUUUGUCCAAUGAAAAUGCAUCUUGUUUAGUGAGAAUGAAUCAGUGCAACUCUUGUUGCAAAUAUGUAACAACAGAGUAAAAGCUUUUUUUACUUUGGGGUUGCUGAAGCUGAAAAUGUGAGCUUGGCAAAUACUAUCAGAAUCUGCCUGAAAAAACUCAGCAGAGAGAACAGGAGAUGGGGAGAGAGAGGAGGAGGGGAGGGAGAUCGAGUUAUGGGAGCCAAUAAAUUUCAUGUCUACUUGGGCCAGUAUGAGUUGCCCUUCUGUAAAAGUUGAUACAGUAGAAGCACAUGUUCUGCCGAGUCAGGUGCUAGAUGCUGAGGAUAAAGAUACUUAAGACUCAGUGCCUGAUUCUAGGAAGCCCACAGCUCCCUGGAAGGCCCUGGGAGAAAUACAGGAAAAUAUGUAAGCCAGCUCCCUGCAGUAGAACUAAGAGGGCAGAAAGAGACGGCAGUGACCAGGUUUCCUGCACCUGUGUGUAACCGUAGGCCAAUUACUGCCCUUUAUGCCCUCCCUGCCCAAGAAAUACCCUGUCUUCCUCCCCUCAUCCCCAUCUGGAACUGGCUUUUCCCUCUUGGCCCGGCCCACUGAGCCACCUGCAGCACAAAGUUGUUGAUUUAAGGAACAGAGAAGAAAAAACACAUUUGUCACGUGCCUGGGCUUUGUUCCCUGACCUGCACGUUUCCCUCAAAGGGAGAGAGAGACCUUUUAGGAGAUCACAGAUUUGUGCCCGAAGCAUAAGUUUAAGCAGGAGAGCUGUGCUGGAGGUUUUUCACCUGAAGAGUGCUGCUCCGGAGGGAAGAGCCAUUGGGAUGAUGCAGCCAACCUGCUUGGAAAGAACCAGCAUGUGGACUUGCCUGGCUGAGGGGCUGAGGGAGUAAGAUUAGAGAUGCAGGUGAAGGGCCUUCCUGGGACCCACCUAGCCAGGGUCAGAGCUCAGUGUGAACCUGGGGCACCCCAGACUGAGACCCUUCUUUAGUGCCUGCGUCCCACUGCCUGGGGGCGGGGCAUCUGUGUGCAUCUGUGCAUCCAGGAGCUGAAGCUUCACCCACAUGGGGUCCUGAACACCUGCGCUUCCUUCCUGCCGAUUCCUGCUCUCCGCCAGUUCUACCGCCUCAGGAACCUAGCUCACAAGCCCCAGAGGCACCUUUGCCUUCCUCUCACCCCUAGGUCUGCUCCGCCCACAAAACCAGUCUGACAUUUUGCCUGCAGGGUAGAUGCAGAAUCUGUGCACUCAGGGGCUGGGGAUUUAGCUCAGCAGCAUAAGCACCUGCCUUCCAAGCAGGUGGUCGUGAAUUCAAUCCCCGGUACCGAUAAAAAGAUUAAAAAAAAAAAAAAGAAUCUGUGCACUCUGACCUUCCUGUCUGUCUGCCCGUCCCCCAAGUCCCACCUGUUAGAUCCCCUACCUCAUCUGAGAGACAGCACAAUCAUCAUGGCAAAGCUGUGCCCUGAUAAUGCAUAGCUCCUUUCCCCAGAAGCCCCUAUGGCUUCUCCCUCCCAAAAGUCUUUGCCAAAGCUCAUGUGUGUAAAGAUUUACCCAAUACCCUGCACUCUCACGAAAUAAGUCAGCUCACACCAGUCCCCAGAGCCCUCCCCGCUCAGAGCCUGCAGGGAGCCCCCACGGCCUUCUCUGCUGACUCCCUCCGUGCCCCCUCAUUAAACUCUUUCUUAUCUCGUUGUCUCCUCUCUUUAGUAUUCUGUGCUGCUCUAGAUUGAGCACAAAGUUUCCACUCAAUCUCCGCCUGCCCCGGACUCACAUCUCACUGCCUUUCCCUUGCCAUCUCUUCCCUAGAUCACCACCCAGCAGCCAGAGAGGCAUGAAAAACAUAAGGGUCACAGCGAACCCCACUUGAUUUCUUCUGACUCCCCGCCCACUCUAAAUUAAAAGCUGAUGCGUGUCAUUGCCGGCAGACCCACCACGCUCACUGUCCUCAUUCCUGUCACCCGAGCUCCUCUGUGCCAUGCACACACUCACUGCAGGACCUUUGCUCCUGCCCCUCUGUCUGCCUGGAAUUUUCCUUCCCCCAUAUCCACAUGACUCUGCUUCACCUGAAGCCCAUUGUUCAAAGUUCACCUUCUAAGAAGGUUUUUCACCAUCCCUGGUCACUUGGCAUCGGUCUUCCACGCUUCAUUUCUUGCCAAGGCAGUUAUCCAUGGCCAGCGUAGGUAUUAGUCACUCAUUCCUUACUGUCUCUCCCAGUAGGGCAGGAGAUCUGUUUCCCUCACUGUUAAAUCCUCAGGACCUGCAUUCGUUCGUGGGACCUAGUAGAUGUUUAAUUAAUACCUGUUGGGUGAAUGGGUGGGUGCACAGGAUGGUAGAUGAAUGGACAAAUGGACAAAUAAACAAAUGGAUGGGUGGAUCAUAUUAUCAUAUCUUGCUUGUCUGUCUUGCCCCACAGAACUCUAAGCUUCUUUGAAAAAAGGGAAUAUGUUGUAUGCACCUCUAGACUCUGGGGGCAGAAGUUAGGGGGUGACUUUGAGCUGGGCACAUAAAAGUUCAAUGAAUAAAUGAUAAACAGUUUAUAGAUGAGGACAUGGAAACCUGCUGUGUGGGGUUAGCUUGGCCUGUUGACUCCUGACAGCCACCACUCAGCUCCCAACCGCAGUUCUCCUGAGAUGCUUCUGGGGUUGACUUGGCCCUUCGGGCUCUAUUCAUUCCCUGGCCAGAGCUUUUGGAAGCCUUGACCAUGCCCUAGCCCUGGAAAGCCCUGGGAAGCCCUGGGAAGCUCCUGGGGUAUUUGGACUUUGGGCUUAUGACUGAAAUUCAGGAGCCUGAGUCCCCAAGCUGAAGUUUCAGCUCUUUGGUCACUUUCUGAGCCUCUGUUUUGCCACCUCUACAGUGGGACUGAUGAGAACAACACUUGGUGGCCAUGUGUUGGCCAUGAGGGUUACAUGAAAUGAACCACUGUGAACUUUAGAAGGGAGCUUGGUGCAUGUGUAAGAAAUGCUGACUGCUACUAAGUUAUGCAUAAUCCAGGCAUGGUGGCAUCUGCCUGGAAUCCAACCUAGGGAGGCUAAGGCAGGAGGAUCACAAGUUUGAGUCCAGCAUGCGACAACUUAGUGACUACUUAGCGAGACCAUGCCUCAAAAAUUUUUUUAAAAAAUGAAUAAGUAUCUAAGAUAGAUAACCAUAUUACUGAGUUUUUUUGGAUCAUUGAACAAAACUGUUUGCUCUCUCCCUGUUUGAAAGUCCUCUUUAUAUGCUUCAAUUUUGUAACUUGAACAACUAUUUCUAAGAUGAGAAUAUGUAAUCUAUUAACUAGUGAUUUCUUACUGUUUAUUUUUUAAAUUUUGUAUUACUUGUACCCUUUUUCUGUUUUUUUUCUUUUUCUCCUUAAAUAAAAAAAAAAUGAAUAAGUAAAAGGUUAGAAAUGUAGCUCAGUGCAAAGGCCCUGUCUUCAAACCCAGUACUAAAGGAGAAAAAAAAAAUGAACAAAAGAAAAAGUUAAGUGUGGAGGCCAAGGAGAAAAGUAUCCAGUCCAUUUCAAGCCCUCCUGGCUGGAGUCCAGCUAACUGGAGUCUGGCCGGAUGUGGUUUCGGGUUAUAAUGCCUCAUUUAGGUUUCUGGGCACUUGGUCAGUUGGUGUGAUUUUCCCAGGUGACACUGAGCAUUAUCUGGAGAACACAUUCUUUUCAAGGUCAGAAACACCCAGAAAGCCACUAGUGCAGCCAGAGAGGUGAAAUCACUGGUCUCAGUGGACCCAGCUUCCCCUCCCCCCCCCAGCUUUCUGACUGGAAUUACACCCCUGGGAUAAGUAUUGCCAACCCACAGGAGAGGCGGAUUUUGGGGUACAUCUAGUAUGUGUGUGUGGGGGGGAUUCUCUCUCACCCAUCAGACUGAAUUUCACUUGUUGGCAAGCAGCCAGGCAGGCUUUUCUAAUUCCAGAGUGAAAAGCUGCAGCUACACCUACCUACAGGAACAUGAACCAAUCCUAAAAGCGAGAUGCAAGAUUCUGGCCCUACUUGGGUUUAUCCCUGCCCCUCCACUUGCAGUGUACAUGCAUUUUAUCCCUUCCAUGACAGUACAGCAACCUCCAUCCCAGUUUCAAGAGACCUGAGGUGUCCCCAAACUCACAUGUCAGGGAAGAGGAGAUCCAGUCCCCUCUAUCGAUUUCUACCCAUUCACCUGUUCAGUGACUGAGCCCAACCUACCUGAUCCCUGGGAUUUAUGCAGAUGGAGAAACAGAGGCCCAGAGCAAUCAGUUAACUUGCCCUGGGUCCCACAGCUGGGAAAUGGUAGAUGGGCUCACCAUCCUCCAGCCCAGGAUACCUGCCACCUUGAAAGUGCUGCCUGUGCUUCAACUGCCAAAGUUAAGCCCCAGGUGGGUAGCAAUGGCCCUGGGACACCUCUGUCGGUGCCUUUUGCAUGGUUGGCAGCUCACAGACUGAGUUUCCUUGAGAAUGCUUGCUCUCUUGGGUUCCCUUCUGGACAUCAGGGACAGAGUGGGCUAUUAGCCAAGCUUCAGGUCUCAGCUGAGUCAUCUAAGCACCUCUGUCAUCGCUUGGCAAAGACUUGGUUUUAAACCAAUAGCAUCCUGGUGUGGUUUGAAUGUGACCCCCAGUAGUUCACUGGUUGGAAACUUAAUCAGUUUAUGCUGAUGGUUUUUGGAGGUGAGAUUUUGUAAGAUUACCAGGGGUAAAUGAAGUCAUGAGUGUGGGGCCCCAUGAUGCCUGAGUGGCUUUACAGGAAAAGGAAGAGAGACCUGAGCUGGCUCGCUUGCUCUGCCUCACCCUGUGCCAGGCAAGGCUCUUGCCGGAUGCUGAGCAGAUUCUAGUUCUGUGCUCUUGGACUUCCCAUUUCCAGAGCCAUCAGCAAACACUUCCAUCCUGUAUAAAUUACCCAACCUUGGGUGUUCUAUUAUACACUAAGCCAACGCAAAAAAUAAAAAACACAACAAAAUAAAACAAGCACAAUCGCAUUCACAUGUUCUCAAUAGGCAAAGACUGUAAAUUCGUAUUGUGAAAUUCUAAUGCCCCAGGUGAUGGCUUUAGGAGGUGAGGCCUUAGGGGUCUGCCUGUAGGGAAGUCCUCUGAAGACAGAUGGAAUAGAUGUACCUACAGCAUCAUGAACCAAUCCUAAGAGUGUGAUACUUGGUGCCCACAAUAGGAAGCAGAAUGCUGUACACAAACUUAUACCAUUUACAUCAAUGAAAAAUGCAUUCAUCUACAGAAGCCAGUUUUGUAAAAAUACCUCCAAACACAAUGAUACACAGCACAUUGGGUGUAGUGGUACAUGCAUAAUCUCAGUUACUCAGGAGGCUGAGACACGAGGGUCACAAAUUCAAGAGUGACCCUGUCUCAAAAAAAAAAAAAAAAAUUGGGAGAGGUCUAGGGCUCAAUCCUCUGCUACAGAAAAAAAACCAAAAACCAAUGCUACACAUCAAACAAUAGUGAUUAGUGUCUGGAAGGAGUUUGCUAAUGGGCAGGGUGGCUGCUGGAAACCCAGCAUGUGUGUGUGGUUUUUUGCAUAGAGGAGGGUUUCUGGACAGAAAAUGAAUGAAUGAAUGAAUGAAUGAAUGAAUGAACAAAAACAUGAAUGAAUGAAACAUGAGGGGCCCGAUGCAGACCAUUGAUGAUGAUGUGCUGGAGGAGUAGGUAGGAGUAGGUAGCAUUCAAAGAGUGUGAACAGCGAUCCUUGGGCUUGGGAGUUCAUCUUCCAGAACAUGUUAGACCUGCCUUGCUGUAGCUAUUGGCUCCUCUCUGGCAUCACCAUGCAGAAGGGGACUGAUGCCCUGGGCUCUGAUCCUGGCUGUGGGCACCUUAUACCACCUUCACCACUAACCUUGCCUUGACCCCCAGGUCCCGGCCUUUAUGGCAGGUGGCGUGUGGGCAGCCGUGGGGCUCUCCCUGACCUGCCUCUCGGCCCUCAGCCUCAUCUCCCCUGCCUGGUUCCAGACACCCACCUUCUCCUUUGGCGUCCUCACCUACUGCUCCUGGCCUCCAGGUAACAGCUGGAACCAGAGCUGCACGACCUUCUGGUCCCUGGAGGACAUGCCUGAUGCUGCCUGGAGGCAGGUCUCUGCUUCGAUGCUCCUGGGGGGCUGGCUCCUGUUGGCCUCCAGUGCAGUCCUCCUGCUGUCCUGGGCCCUGGGCCCCAAAGAGCUGUGCCCAAGGAGGGGCAGUGGCCUAGUGCCGGGGAUGCAGGCAGCAGCAGCCACCAUCACCACCGUGGGCCUUCUGGUUUUCCCAAUCAGCCUGGCCUCCCCGUUCACCAAAGAAGUCUGCAAGUGCUCCUCCUUGUACCACAGUGGGAAGUGCCAGCUCGGCUGGGGCUAUGUGACUGCCAUCCUCUAUGUUCUCUUGGCUGGCCUCCUAUCCAUUGUUGGGUGGCCCCGCAUGACCAAGGUCCAGGGGAGAGCCAUAUUCUUCUCCACUGACACUGACAGAAUCAUCCUCACGCUGGAAACUAUCAAAUAAAAGCCCCCCAGGAAUAAAGAAUUCAAAGAGCCCAUUUUGAAGAAACAAUCACAGAUAGAUGCCGCAGGGUAGAUGGGAAGCUUGGUGGGCCUUCUUCCCCCACAGCUUGGAAUAACAGUGCCAAAGAGUGUCGCCUGGUCUCCUUCUAUACCCAGACCUGGCCUGAGCACACCUCCCUUGCAAAUAGUCAAAAUUGUCUUUAACAGUCUGUCUCUUUAGAAGAAGUAGUUACAUGUGGCUAUCAGAACAGUAGUUUUGGUUAUCAGUUGUGCCUAUCAAACAACUGUGGCUGUCAAAACAGCAGAGAGAAGCCUGUGUAGCUGGAUAUUCCAAUCAGAUUCACCAUCCGCCUCGGGCCUGUUUUAAACUGUCUUUGCUUUCAUAGGUAUAAAAGGUUUUAUUCCUUCUGAUUAUUAUUACAUCUCUGCUAAUUGAGCUAUAAAAAGUUCUGACUAGUCUAUUUAUAGUUAAAACCUAAAAACUAUAAAAGGUUAUUGUGGUUCAACUUGGCUAAAUGUAUCUUUGUGUACCCUGGUCUCUUAACAAUUGUCUUAUGUCUUAUGCCUGUUUGUUUAAUUUGUGACUGGCUGCAAAAUCUACAGCUCCUUUUUAGCUCAAUUUUUUCAUUUUUCCCCCCUUAUUUUUUUUUUUUUCUUUUUCAUUUUUAUCGGUACUAGGGAUCGAACUCACGACUGCCUGCUUGCAAGGCAGGUGCUUAUGCCGCUGAGCUAAAUCCCCAGCCCCUCCCCCCUUAUUUUUGACUGCUGGGAUUCUUAAAAUAUUUAUGCCUACAAUUUAUUUUUUUUUUUUUUUUUUUUUUUUUUUUUUUUGUCUUUUUCAUUUUUAUCGGUACCGGGGAUCGAACUCACGACCGCCUGCUUGCAAGGCAGGUGCUUAUGCCGCUGAGCUAAACCCCCAGCCCCUAUGCCUACAAUUUAAAUUGGCUUAUACAUAAGUGUCAUUAGAGUUUAGAGAAUGGGUCCACCCAAGUUGUCAGCUAAUCAAAAUGAUGUCGUGUGGUGUAUGGUUGUAAUCUAAGCAUUUGGGAGGCUGAGGCAGGAGGAUCACCAUGAGUUUGAGGCUAGCUUGGGCUACACAGUGAGUUCAAGUCCAGUCUGGACUACAAAACAAGACCCUGUCUCAAAAACAAAAAAAGUUUUACAAACGCACUGUAUAUUGUUGCUUAUGUAAAAUAACUUUCCUGGGUCAAGAAUAAUAUGUUAAUUGUUAUGAUCUGAUUAUCAUAGGUCAUCUGAAAAACUUAUUAAGAUAAUUAAGUGGGGGCCCCUUACCCUUGGCAUCACUACUGGGCAAGACUCCCCUUGAAUAUUUAUUCCAGGCUUUAUUAAUUAAUGGGAUCCCAAUAAUCUCCAUAGCAUUAUCUCCCAUAUAUACACCGCAAUAAACAUUGCUAAAUAUAUUACUGUAAUAUGUUUACACUGGUUAUCAUCAAAAGGUUAAGUAUUCUGUGGGUAAAACAAUAAGGCUUUUUUAUUAAAAGAUGCUUUUGGUACAAAACUAAAUUAAGAGACAAGGUUUCUGUACUGUAGCUGUGACACUCAUUAUUGCUAAUUUCAUGGUGUACUAAAUGUAUUCAUGCCUUCUAGGUGUACAAGUCUUCUAAAAUGUAAAGCCAGGAUUGUUUAUGGUGAUAAACUUUUCCUUUAGACUCAGAGUCUGCCUUUGUCUUGUGUUCCAGGUACUUGUGAUAGAGGUACAUGUCAAGCCAGUAUGAGAUCACCAGUCAAAUUACACUUUCUUUUUUAAAGCUUAGAGAUGUGUACAUUGUGUGUCUUUACACUUAGAGAAGCGCAGGUACUAAGUUGAUCAGACAAUAUAACAUGCUUUCUCAAGGAUAUCCUAUUAAAGGUUAACAAAUUGGAUGAGACCUUCUUUGUGUACUAAUGGAGAUGGCUGACUAAAAAGGCUCUUCUAAGAUACUAAGAUGUGUUUCAAAGAUAAUAUCAUGAUUGUCAUGUUGAAAUACUACGUGUGGUUCUUCAUCUCAAAUUGUGUCUGUAAAACUAUAGUUGUUGUCUGUUAACAUUCUGCUUGAUCCAGGUGUGAUGAUGUAUGCCUAAAAUUCCAACAAUUAGGCUGAGGCAGGAGAGGAUCAUUGUAGUGUUGAGGCCAGCUUGGGUUAUGUAGUGAGUUCAAGAUCAGCCUGAACUACAUACAGAGACCUUGUUGCAAAUAAACAAACAAAAAAAAGUCCUGCAAAGAUUUAACUUCUAAAACAACCAUGAUUGGUAAGAAAUAACUGUCCUCUGGCUAUACUUUAUAUUUCAAAGUAUUUGGUAUCCAGAUGAGAUUACAAUAGUUAAAUUCAUGGUUCCCUACUACAACACUGAUGUACUGAGAGUCUCUCCUGGGUAUUCAACAAGUGAAGUUUGGAGACCAGAACUAGAAAGGUAGCUGGGCUAUGGAGACGCCAAUAUUUAGGUCCAGGCCUGCCGAACUCAGUGAGGAACCAGGACAUGAGGGAACAUUUUCUGCAGGAUCCAACAACUUUGGUGAGACACCCAACCUCCUAAGCAGAGAGACUGCUGGACCCCAGAGGACUGAAAUUGAUAAAUGUGCAGUGUGCCAAGAGGAAAAACUGUCUUUCACAGAAAGCAACAUAGUCAAGUAAGACUGUUAGCCAUCCUGGCAGCUGAGAAUAACAGAGAGCUGAGAUGCUCUGCACACUGUUCCAAAGGUAAGGCGUGUGGAGACUUACCUGACCUUGAUAGACAGCAAGACGUUAAUUUUGAUUAAUAUGGGUCUUGCUUUAAUUUGGUCUUAAACACCUAACAGAAAAGAAUAGUCAAAAGAUGUAUAAAAAUAACUCCACAGUAAUAAAAGCUAGAUAUAAAAAGGGAAUCCAAACGCUGACCUCCACUGACAGCUCUAAAGGCCACCUGAUUACUAUUACCAUCCCAACCCUUUAAGAACAGUAUUUGUUGCUUCUCCUUCCCCAAUCUGCCUUUCCAGUUUUCUCAGGUUUUGGUCACACGUGCUUUUACUUCUUGGAAAACUUGUUUAUUCUUGCCUAGAGGCUGCCAAACUCCAAGUGAUCAUGCAGAUGGGACCAAAACUAAAUGUGCCAGACUCCUUUUUACCAGGAUCCACUAGAUCAAACUUGUAAAUCCUUCUUGGCUCAAGGCAGCUAGAUGAAAACUAAGGUACUUCUCCCCUAACUGCAGUGAGGGGUGCCUCUUCAGUGGGGAGAACACUGUAGACAGCUAAGUUAGGUAAAUGUGUUAUAGGCAGUCAGACAGGGCUGGGCCCUUGAGGGGUCACUGGAGAAGAUAACAUAUCUGAAGAAGAUUAAAGUCACAGUGGCCAGAUUGACAUACUUCCCUAAGGGAUAAAUGGAAGUUUGAGAUUAUUGGUACCACUCUUUUGAGAUUUCUCAUAUAAAUAAGCCACUGUCUCAUUAGGGGUGGACCAUUCUCUCCCACUAAAGACUAAGGUUAAGACUUAGGCUAAGACCAUUAGACUAGUACUAAAAUUACUAUGACUAAGGCUAAAGACUCUAGAUUAUCGACCAAGAUUAAUGAUAUCAUUCAUACGCCCUUGCUACUAUCGAUCAGUAUUAGCCAGACACAGACACCUAUACUUGUAAUCUUACUGGUUGAUUAUGAUUUGACCCACAUUGUACUUUUCAUGACUUUGAUUUAUAAAACUUCCUUAGAGAAGUGGGCUCAUUUGCAACCCAUCUGGAUCCCUUCUAUCUCUCAGGAGCUUUUCCUAUUCGUUAAUAAAUUUUCCUACUAUAAAAAAUAGUGAAAAAGCCCAUUCUAAAGUUGUAUGAAAUCACUAUGUACUCAAGUUCACAUCACAGCUUUGCUGCUUCCUUGCUGUGUGAGCUCAGGCAACCUACUUCACCUCUGGUUCCUUAUAAUGCUUACCUUACAUGGUUGUUACAAGAAUUAAUUUUAGUCUUUGUAAAAAAAGCACUUGGCACCAUGUCUGCACAGAGUUCAACAAAUAUUAGCUACUAUUAUUAUAAUUAUAAUCUUGGUCUCAGAGGAUUGUGCUGAUAAUUAAAUGUAUUUGUGAAAAACU